AUGUCACAAAGAAAGUUGCAGCAGGAUAUCGAUAAACUACUGAAAAAAGUCAAGGAAGGUCUCAUUGAAUUUGAAGAUGCUUAUGAGAAGUUUCAAUCAACGGAUCCAGAGAAUACUUCUCAUAGAGAGAAGUUGGAGGCUGAUUUGAAGAGAGAGAUUAAGAAGCUGCAGAAACACAGGGACCAAAUCAAGACCUGGUUGAGUAAAGAGGAUGUGAAGGACAAACAGGAUGUUCUGAUGGAGAACAGACGAUUGAUUGAAAGCGGGAUGGAAAGAUUUAAGUCUGUCGAAAAGCUUAUGAAAACUAAGCAAUUCUCCACCGAAGCAUUGACAAAUCCUGAUAUUAUAAAAGAUCCUCGUGAAUUGAAGAAGAGAGACCAGUUCAUCUUUAUACAAGAGUGUUUGGAUGAGUUACAAAAACAGGUGGAGAGCCUUGAAGCUCAGGAGGAGCAAGAACAAGUGGAGAGACACGAGUUUCAUAUUCACAACUUGGAAAACGUUUUGAGACUAUUGCAGAACAAUGAAAUGGAGCCAGAAACUGUAGAACGCUAUCAGGAAGAUAUCAAGUAUUAUCUUGAGAAUAACGCCGAUCCCGACUUCAUAGAGUACGACACCUUGUAUAAAGAUAUGGGAUGUGAAAGCAAGCCCGCACAAGAUGGAAACAACGAGGUGUCUUCGUCAACCACCAUUCAAACGUCUAGCAAUGCUCCGGCACUUGGAAGCACUACUACUACUACUACCACGACCACAACCACUACUACAAAUAAUAACAAGCAGGCAAAGAAGCAGGAACGUUCUCCAAAGAAGAAGACACAAACAGCUUCAUCUACAGCAAGCACCUCCACUCGUGGUACGCCGGGCCCAGCUGCUCCGCAAUCACCUACUCCAGAUUCUGCUAAUCUGUCGAGCUCUCAUAAGAAAAGAGAAUUGAAUAACGGGCAUCAUGAGGAAGAAUUGCAGUUUCCAACGGAUAAGAGCGAACAGAUAAAUGAACAAAUCGAGCGUGAUUUGAAAGAAAACGAUGCAUUCAAUAAUCCAUUGUUCGGGGAAGAGCUGAAAUUUUGGCUUAACUCGAAAAGGCCCCUAAUGCAACCAUACAAAGAGAUGCCUGAACAAAUGAUAGCACAAGUGGAGUCGUCCUUAUUGAAUUGUCCUGAUUCACUAGACGCGGAUUCUCCUCAUUUUUAUAGAAAGCCACUUUCUUUGCCCCAUCCUACGUCAAUAUUCUUCCCCAAUGAACCCAUCAGAUUUGUCUAUCCGGUGGGAAGCGGUCAAGGCCAGCCGAAUGAUCAACAGCAGACGUAUAAGGGCAAACAAGCCGGGAGCUCGAACCAGGAACAGGAUUCAGAAUCAGAAUCAGUGAAGAAGACUGAGGACAUAUAUUCCAGAACAUCACUGGCAAGAAUCUUCACAAAAUUCGACCUUGACACACUUUUCUUCAUAUUUUAUCAUUACCAAGGAACUUAUGACCAGUUUCUCGCGGCAAGAGAAUUAUCAAAGAAUAGAAAGUGGAAGUUCAACAAAAUCGAUCGCUGUUGGUAUUACAAAGAGGUCGAAAAGCUUCCACCGGGAAUGCUACAAGCAGAAGAAGAAUCAUGGAGAUAUUUCGACUAUCAGGGUAGUUGGUUAGCAAGGCGUUGUAAUAAUGAUGUUGUACCCAAAGAGGAAGAUUUCGAAAAAAUCUUCUAG